UAUAAAUCAAGGAAUACUUGUGUUCAAGAACGACGUUAUGGAAAAUUUAAUCGUUCAAUUUCGCUUCCGCCACACGUUAAAAUUGACGACAUUUUUGCCAAGUUUGAUAAUGGAAUAUUAGAAAUAAAAAUUAUGAAA